ACUGAAACCAAAAACUGACAUUUCGGUUUCGAAUUUUAUGUACAGGAAAAGGGAGACCUAUUCUUGAAAGUUGCAACAGCGAAUACUUGAAUAUUGUUGACGAAUAAACAAGCGCCGGACCCAUUUGAUCGUCGCUGACCUCAACCAACUAGGGUUGGUGAAGAUGGCGAGUGCUGGCUUGAGAGCGUAUGGGACGGUCGUGCUCUGUGACCUAGCCCUCUGGGCUAUGCUUUGGGGGGGACUGGUCCUGUUCGGGUGGCCCAUUGGGGAAAGGGUGUCUCUGGCCUGGCUGUGGGCGUUAGCGGUUGUGAGGUGGCUUCCGCUCCACGCGGUUUCCCGGGCGACGGCGAGCGGUCGUGCCCAGCCGGUGCUGAGGCGCUGGAUAGCGACGCUGUGCCUCCUGGGCCCGGCGUUUGAGAGCGGCAAGGCGGCGCUGCAGCGGGGGAGCUCGGGUUGGAACGCCGCGAUCCCCGAUCCUGGCGCGGCAGUCCUGGGAGCGGUCGCCGCCACCUCCGGCUGCCUGUUCUGGGAGCUCUCCUUCCCCGAGGCGAAGAGGGGGGAGGGUGGGGCGAAGCAGCAGAAGGCCAUGGCUCUGUUCCUGAGGGUGGUCCGGUACUCCAGGCCCGACGCCCCGUACCUCGGAGGGGCCUUCAUCUUCCUCUCCCUCGCUGUAUUAAGUGAGAUGUGCAUCCCGUACUACACCGGCAGAGUGGUGGACCUGCUGGGAUCGCAGUUUGAGCACAGUGGCUUCCUUACCGCCAUCGGCUUCAUGGCGCUCUUCUCCCUGACCAGCUCUAUGUGUGCAGGUCUGCGGGGAGGCCUGUUCAUGCUCAGUGUGUCCAGACUGAAGAAGAGGGUUAGACACUUGCUGUUCCAGAGCCUGGUGCAUCAGGAGAUGAGCUUCUUUGAUGAGACCAAGUCAGGCAGCCUCACGUCGCGGCUGUCCUCCGACACCGACAAGAUGGCGCUGUCCGUGGCCAUGAACAUCAACGUGCUCCUGCGCAGCGCCGUGAAGGUGCUGGGACUGCUGAGCCUGAUGCUGGGCCUGUCCUGGCACCUCACCGUGGUGGCCUGCGUGGAGAUGCCCCUCCUGGCGCUGCUGCAGAACUUCUACAACGCUCGCGCUCAGGUUCUGGUCCAGGAGCUCCAGGACUGCAAGGCGGAGGCCCAGGCGGUGGCGGCGGAGGCCUUGGGGUCCAUACGCACGGUGCGGAGCUUCGGAGCGGAGCAGGCCGAGGGGUGCCGGUACCAGGAGGUCGUAGACAAGACGCAGGCCGUGCAGAGGCACCAGGACACCCUGAGAGCCGGCUACACCUUACUGCGCCGGAUGGUGACCGUCGGCGUGAAGGUGAUGAUGCUGGUCUUCGGGCGCCGCCUCAUCAUGUCGGGUCAGCUGACCAGCGGCGGACUGCUGGCCUUCGUGCUCUACCAGAAGGACAUGGCGGUCAGCACAAGGCACCUGGUCUACAUCUGCGGCGACAUGCUGAACUGCACGGGCGCGGCGUCCAAGGUGUUCGAGUACCUGGACAGGGAGGCGCGCGAGAUGCCGGCGGCCAACCUGGCGCCCGCGCGCCUGGAGGGACGCCUGACGUUCCGUAACGUGACCUUCUCCUACCCCAGCAAACCCGACGCGCCGGCCCUGAACGGGGUGUCCAUAGAGCUGUGUCCAGGGGAGAUGACGGCCCUGGUGGGGCCCUCUGGGGGGGGGAAGACCUCCUGCGUCAGCCUGCUGGAGCGAUUCUACGAGCCGCAGGAGGGACAGGUGCUGCUGGACGGGCUUCCCCUGCACAUCUACAGACACCAGUACCUGCACAGCAAGAUGGCGAUGGUAUCCCAGGAUCCCGUGCUGUUCUCGGGCUCUAUCAGAGACAACAUCGCGUACGGCCUGGAGGGCUGCUCCAUGGAGAGGGUUGAGCGAGCAGCACGCAAGGCCAACGCUCACAAGUUCAUCUGUGAACUGGUGCAGGGCUACGAUACAGACGUGGGUGAGUCUGGGGGCCAGUUGUCAGCAGGGCAGAGGCAGUGUGUGGCCAUCGCCCGGGCGCUGGUCAGGGAGCCCCAGGUGCUGAUUCUGGACGAGGCCACGAGCUGCCUGGACCUGGACACUCAGCUGGCGAUGCAGGGCGUCCUGACGGGCUCCUCGGGACAGACGGUUCUGGUGGUGGCCCACCGGCUGAAGACCGUGGAGCAAGCUGACCGGAUCUACUUCCUGGAGGACGGGGCGGUGGUGGAGCAAGGCACGCACCAGCAGCUGAUGGCCAGGAGAGGGCGCUACCACAGGCUGACAGAGAAGCUCUUCUGUGACCUGGAUGGCACUGGGGAUUUGCCGAGUGGAGCUAGCUGAAUGUCUCCGGCUACACGCCACACAGACUGUGAGCCAUUGACGGCGAUCGCUGCUGCCUGACAGUGUGGCACUUUACAUUUCAUUCGGGUUAUUUAGUGGACACUUAUUAGACUAAGUGGGGUGAAGGGGCCUGGGGACCACAAACCUUCCAUGUCCCAGUCAAGCAACUUAACCACUUUGCUAUUAGGGGCAGCUCCUUUAAGAGGAGGGACUUCCCUCAUUCAGGUGUCUGUUAUGUAAUCCAAUGAGCCAUUAUGUUCAUUAUUUGCAGUGUCACUUCUGUAGAUAUGUGGCCCUCCACUAACACAGUAAAUAGAGCUGCACCUACAACCAGCUCUGCCUAUUGGAGGAAACUGAUAAACUGUUGAUUACAGCACACGCCUGUAAUGUAGACACACACACACAC